AUGCAGAUUGCAACGCUCGCGCGGGUGGCCAUCCUCCUGGCGGUGGCCACUGCAACGACAAGCACGUACGCCCUGCUUCCUGGCGAGUGGUACCCGGACGGGAGCACGGAAGCGCAGGUGUCUGGAACCGCUGUGGACUACAUUGACCUUGGAACAGCACAGUACAACGCGCUCAUCGACUUUGAGGAGUUCUACCUCAACUCCACGGGUACGUCGAGUCCAGUGACGUUUGCGAGCAGCACGUUCCGCCUCAUGACGGAAUACCUGGCGGAGAAGCUCACGGCGCUGGCCUUGGAUACCCCCGACACCAUCGUCAUUGUGCAAGGCUUCGCUCCACGCCCCACAAACCCAACCCGCCCGCCGGAGCUCACCGACAUUGGCCGUGGCCUGCACAUGCGGUAUCUCAACAACGGUAGCCUCACCAACUUCCUCUCCGACUUGGCAAACCGCAGCAUCGAGGCCGGGUUUGAUUUCGUCGCCAUCCCGGGCCAGGGCAGCUACGUCAACGUCAGCGUGCCAAACGUCAACUGCGGCCGAAGCGCGGUCGACCUGCUCUUCAUCCUCGAUGGCUCCGGGUCCAUUGGCUCCUCAAACUUUGAGACCAUGCGCCAGUUCACCGCCACCGUCACCUCGUUCUUCGACGUUUCGCCCGACACCACGCGUGUUGCACUCAUGGUGUACUCGUCAAGCGUGACGGAAAUCUUCGACUUCAGCUAUGUCCUCUCCAAUACCAGGGACGAAAUCAUCACCACCAUUCGCAACACCAACUACCCAGGCGGCGGCACCCGCACUGGAAGUGCCCUCGACUACGCGCGCACCAACAUGUUCCUCACAUCUCGCGGCGCCCGCCCGUCAUCAGCUGGUGUGCCACGAGUGGCCAUUGUCAUCAUCGAUGGCCAGUCUGGCGACUCUGUUGCUCAGCCUGCCGAGAACUUGCGCAAUGAGAACGUCAACAUCUUCGCCAUCGGCAUCUCUGGUGCGGAUGUGAAUGAACUCAACAUGAUUGCAAGCCCGCCCAUCACGAACAACGUCAAGUUCAUUGACACAUUCCAGGCGUUCAGCCAACUCCCCGCAGAAAUUUCCCGCGCAAACUGCGAGCAGCCGGCCGUUGUCAGUGCCACCGAUGAGAUCCAAAUCAACGACACGCAGCCUGGUGAGAUUCGCUUCUUCCGACCAAACCCAGUCAACCUCUUUGACAACGAGACGUACGUCAUUUGCUACGACGUGUUUGUGAGCGUGACCUCGCCCAACCCGGGGCCCUUCAACUUCGACUAUGUCAUCAUGAACGACGAGCCCCUCAAGACACUCAAUGUGCGCAAGACAUCCAGCCAGGUUGUCUCCAUUGCCGUGCGCAGUCGCCUCACCCUCCUCGGCCGUCGCCGCGCAGAGGACACCAUCAGCUAUCGCCUCCGCGUCUUCAACGACCUGUUCAACGGGCCAGCCUCGCACACCAUCAUGGUCACGCCCGCCCGCAACCAGCGUGGUGCCCCCAUCUUCGACGCGCCAGAGGCCAUCAACUUCCCCGGGUACAGCUUCACCUAUACCCUGACAGGCCCGGGCAGCAGCAUGUUCGACAUUGACGCCAGCACGGGCCGCAUCACCCUGCGCGAUCCACUGCCAGAUGGCACGCAGCACGUCGUCACGCUCACGGGCACAUCCGGCAGCAUUGUGGGCGGCCUUGCGCUCAUGGUCACCACGGGCCAGCCCACAGCAGAAGCAGCAACAGCACCAUUCACGGAUGUUUCUGCGACUGCGCACGGCGACCUGCACAUUUUGACCACUUCGGACGCGCGGGUGUGGGCACCAUGCAGCACAGCGGCUGACAUGGGUGCCCCAGCGGUCGCUCCUUUCCCAACUCUCUUCGUGGGGGAGGUGGACCUGCUACACGCACUGCGGAACAUGUCUAAUGUCGCGCGCAGCAUCAACACGUGGGCCAUGCAAGAGGAGACACGGCUGUUUCCUGCAGCCGACGAAGACACCCUGCUGCAACUCCAGGAUGCGAGCAAAGCUGCAACCACAUGGGCAGCUGCUUCCCUCAUGCCAGCGUGCACACCACGAUCGAAUGAUGCAGCUACCCUGCCGGAUCACGCUGGUUGGCUAGAGACGGCCGACGAUGGCACACUGCAUGUCGUCACCCAGGGGAGCUUGCGCUUGCACAUCCCUCGCACCGGCACGCUGCGUGUGGGAGAUUUCGAUGUCGUUGCCGCCUUGGUCAAUGCAAGCAACACGCUGGAUCGGCUGCGUUUUGGCAUCACCGAUACCUUGCCAUCGUCCUUCACAGAGUCGUUCCCAGCCGAGGCAACAGCCAUCGGGCUGCCACUCUCCAACACCCAUGAUGGCACCGAUCCCCCUGCCUUCGCUUCAACCGACAGCCUGCCAUUCACGGGCAUCGCUGUUGAUGACAACAGCGGCGAGCUGCACAUGUACAGCGAACGGGAUGUGUGCUUCCUUCACACCGCCCACGAUGGCAGUGCAGAAACAGAUGCUGGCGAUGGUGGAGCACCACGUGUUUUGGUUGGUGGCGUGGACAUCGCUGUCGCUGUCAUGAACGUCACGGCCUUGAUCAACACCAUAGCGACGCCACUGCAAGCGCUUCUCGACGAGGCCAAAUUGACGCUCGACUGCAGCGACCCUGCGUCACGCAACCCCAUACCCACCAGCGGCGUGUCACAGGUUGGAAGCGUCGUCAACUGCUGCUGCCCAGAGCUCACCUCCCUCCGCCGCGUGCUCGGUGACGUGCAUAUCGCCACGGCUGCAACGAGCGCCGAUGUUGGGGCGCUGCAAGACGUGCUGGGGAGCAUUGUGCUGUCCGGUGGGCAGCUUGCGUCAAUGGACUUCGGUGCGCUGCGCACAAUUGGCGGGCACGUGCGCAUCACAGGGGCGCCCCUGACCUCCAUCAACCUCGGUAGCAUUGUGUCGAUCGGCGGUGAUCUUGACCUGCGUGACAACACGGCUCUCACCUCCGUCUCCUUCGGCGACAUCACGUCCAUUGGCGGGACAGUGCUACUGCCACGUGACACGCCGGGCAUUGGCACGGUUGACUUCAGCCACGUUCGCGUCAUCCAUGGCGAUGUGGACCUGACACGAACCGACACGACGCAGGUGCUGUUCGGUAGCCUCACGCACGUGGGCGGCACGAUCACCAUCGCUUACAACGCCAUCACCAACGUUGACUUUUCAGACGUGAGCCACGUUGGCGGCGAUGUUGUGCUGAUUGGCGACAACAGCCUCGAGAGCGUGUUCUUCAACGCCCUCACACGCGUGGAUGGCAGCUUGAUCGUCCAGGGAUGCACAGCGCUGUCGCAAAUCAACACGUGGGAGCUGCAUCACAUUGGGGGUGAUCUGCGACUGAGCAACAAUGUCAUGCUGCUUUCCGUAUCCACAGCUGCACUGCGCACCAUUGGUGGGGACUACGAUGUGCGGCACACUGCCGUGAGUGCCGUCACCCUCACGCAACUCACCAGGUUGGGCGGCAUGCUAUGGGUCGACCAUGACCUCUUCACGACCAUCAACCACGCUGAACUGGCGGCGGCUGGUGGCGGUCUCGGCGUGUGCUGCGGCGGUCCGAACGUGGACACACUCAACCUGUUUCCGUUCCUCUUCCCCUAUGGCAUUGGUGUGGACUCCAUGGCGGGGUUGCGGUCCCUGAGCAUCGACAGCAGGACGGUGGUGAACGGUUCGCUCGUCAUCACCAACAACGCCGCGCUCACAGCAGUUUCGUUCCACAACGCCAUCACCGCCAUCAACGGGCAUGUUGAGAUCACCUCAAACCCGAUGCUGGCCUCUCUCCAACUGACAUCUGUCGCCCACAUCCGUGGCGACGUGACAGUCACGCGCAACGCCAUUAUGAGCACGAUUGCGUUUCCGCUCCUCACCGCACACAACCACAGCCUUAUUCUGGAGUACAACGACUUGGCUGCCGUCGACAUUGGCGAGCUCACGUACCUGGGUGGCUCUCUCAGCCUCUACCGCAACAACCUGGGCUCGUUUGCCUUGACCGACCUGCAAUACAUUGGCGGUGACCUGAGCAUGGCUUACAGCACCCUCACCACCGUCAGCUUCGGUGCGCUGACGUCUGUGGGCGGGUACCUCCAUGUCGGUUACAACCCACUUCAGCGCCUCAAUUUCGCCAACAUCACGCGAAUCGGUGGAUACGUGGCUGCGCAGGGGGCGGCGCUGAGUGCUGUCGAUUUUGGUGCACUCACAAGUGUCGGUGGCAUCCUCAACUUUCGCGCCAACGUGGGCCUAACCUCUGUUGACUGCCACAGCGUCACUGCCGAAUGCAUCGCCUUCAGCACCGCGGCCUCCCUCUUCAACUGCCCUAAGCCGUGCGAUUAG